CGCCAGGUUCAGCCUUUUGCGUGCAUGCGAGUUCCCAAUGACAGGCGGGAAUUGCACCUGACGGACCCUCAACAACAGACGCUUCCACUCUUUCCAUUGCUUUCUGUAUCUUUGACCUGCUCGGCGUGCUUGGGACGUGACCCACCAGACAAUCAUCGUCAGCCGUUCCCUCCUCCAAGACCCGACUAACCUACGGACGGUGGUAUAAGAGGAAAGCUUGGUCCUCAACUAAGAAGAUAGUCGCGAUACCUAGUGAGAGGACUAGAGGACUAUCCAUCAAGACUCUGACUCCGUCCCUUUCAAAAAAAAGUCGGCGCUUGCCUCGGUCUUCCCCUCCAAGACCAAGUCCGCCAUCACCACGUCUAGUCCCCAUCAACACUUCUUCCAAUCCCUUCGAGACACCUCAAUUCUUCAAAAGAUACUUCCCGCGACCACGACCACGAGCACGACAACGCACAAUCGACCCACGAACAUCGACCGCCCCAAAACCCCUCUAGCACGGUGGAGCGGCGACUGGGCGCAACCAGAAUCUGAAUGCCCCGACACCACCUUAUCCUUUUGCGAGCACCGACCGAUUGGGGGAUCCGAGUGGGCACAUUGCGUUGAGAGGAUUUGAGAGGCCGAAGAGCAGAGCGAUUGCGAUUGCGAGUUGGGGAGAGAUUCGCGCAAAACACCAAGAAAUCCCGCACCUGCGAAGACAUUCCCGACGAGGGGGAAAAGGGGAACACAAAUCGGCCACCCGUGCCACGAUAAACACCAGGUUGCAGCAAGAUGGCGUGGUCCCACCUCUCCAUCAAUCGCCCGCAUUUGGUGUAUAUCAUUUUGGGCGGCUUCACCUCGCUCUUCAUGUUAUGUUCGACUUUUAUCAAGGAACGACUGUACAUUGGUGAGGCCACGGUCGCAACCAUUGUGGGCAUCAUUUUUGGCCCACACGCUGCAAACUUGAUCAAUCCACUAGAUUGGGGGAACACCGAUCAAAUCACUCUCGAAUUCUCGCGAAUUGUCUUGGUGGUCCAAUGUUUUGCCGUAGGUGUGGAAUUGCCAAAAUACUACAUGGAGAAGCAUUGGAGAUCGGUGGUCUUCUUGCUGAUUCCCGUCAUGACGUUCGGAUGGCUCAUCACCAGUCUAUUCAUCUGGUGGAUGGUGCUCCCACUCACAUGGCUCGAAAGUCUUGCUGUGGCAGCCUGCGUGACGGCAACUGAUCCCGUCCUGGCCAGUUCCGUCGUGGGUAAAGGCAAGUUUGCCAAGCGAGUACCCAAGCAUUUGCGAGAUAUUCUGUCUGCCGAGUCAGGGUGCAACGACGGCAUGGCCUUUCCCUUCAUCUAUUUGGCUCUGUAUUUGAUCGAAUAUAGGCCUAAAGCCGACAAAGUCUUCUUCAACUGGUUUGUCCUUACUGUCCUUUACGAGUGUGUCUUUGGCGCAAUCUAUGGGUUUACCAUUGGAUAUAUUGGUAGACAUGGUAUCAAGUACGCCGAGAAUCAUGACCUGGUCGACAGAGAAAGUUUCCUGGUCUUUUACUUUGUACUUGCCCUUUUCUGUGCUGGUUCUGGUAGUAUACUUGGUGUUGAUGAUCUACUUGUUGGAUUUGCCGCUGGAGUAGGAUUUUCCAAUGACGGAUGGUUUACACAAAAGACCGAAGAAUCUCACGUGUCCAACGUUAUCGAUUUGUUACUGAAUUUGGCUUAUUUUGUUUAUCUGGGAACCAUCAUACCUUGGGAACAGUUCAACAAUACCGAGCUAGGACUGACACCAUGGAGAUUGGUUGUCAUUGCUAUCUUUGUCAUUUUGUUCCGCAGAAUACCCAUCAUGUUAGCACUAAAACCAUUGAUACCAGACAUCAAAACAUGGAGAGAGGCUCUUUUUGCCGGUCAUUUUGGUCCUAUUGGCGUGGGAGCCAUUUUCAUCGCAAUUCUUGCCAGGGCUGAACUUCAAACAGACUCGACGACGCCAUUGGCAUCCUAUACGGACCCUACAGCCGAAAACUAUACCAUCGUAGCUCUGAUAUGGCCAAUCACCACUUUCCUAGUUAUUGCUUCGAUCAUUGUUCACGGGUCAUCGAUUGCAGUUUUUACACUCGGCAAACAUAUCAAUACACUAACAUUGACCAUGUCAUACACUACAGCAAAUGAAGGCCCAACAUGGAUGAACAGACUCCCACGUAUAUCCUCAACUUCAAGGUCACAAGCGAAAUCUGUGGCUUCCGAUACCGAGGCUGAUGAAAAGAUACCCCCAGGAUCUCUGCCUCCUGUUGGUAUGCCGGGUAACUUUCUCCGACGGCAAAAGGAAGAAGACAAUCCAAGUCGUGGCAACAGUCGCGCUUCGUCUCUUAUUCCACGGCGAAGAAAGAAGAAGUGGGACGAUGGACUUGGUCCCGGAGGACCCAUUAGUGACUCUGCCAUCUACCCACAAUCAAGGCGCCAGAGUGAGCAGAAUAAUGAACAAACUUCAGAUACUCUGACUCCUGGUGAUAGGUCGCCGAACGAAAAGGAUAUCGACGAUGAGCGGAACGAGGGUGAACUUGGAGAGAUUCAAAAUGACCCUGACAUGUACGCCAUUAGACACCGGAAUUCCAGGGAAGAUAGGCGAGAUCAACACAAAUCUGAUGCUGAAAGAAAUCCCGAGGGGAUGGAGGUGUACGAUGAAGGUGAUGAAAUUGUUGUUGAGAAUGAGGAUGGUGAUGUUUUGGCUGUGCGACCGAUCAAAAGUCCACGUGAAGGUGGUGUCGAAAAAGUAAAAGAGGACAUUCAGCAGAGUGAGAAUGUUUAUAAGAACUUGAGAAAGAAACUUGGAGUUUGGAGACAUAGAGAUGAAGCAGAUGUUGAGGGCGAAAUGCGUCAUGACAAUAAGGAGACUCAUAAAAAGCGCGGUCCGGCGCUAGCCUACCAGUUUGGCAAUACCGUAAGCUUGUCACAUUUUCCUCUCAUGCUGUCCGCGGUUCACUAACAUGUAAAUAGAUCAUCGUUGAAGAUGAGGAUGGAGAAGUGGUCAAGAAGUACGAUCUCCCUCCAAGCAAUAAACCAAAGAAGACACCGGGAGUCAUGAGCAACUGGCCAGGAUUUGGUCCCAAGAAUCCAGAUUCUAAAGCCGCAGGAUCCAAAGAUGGUUCACCUUCUCCCGUGCCAGGCCCAUCCACGGUUCGGCAAGGUAUUUCUCGUAUGGGGACAUGGGCGGGCGCUGGAAAGAAACCCGAAGAGGAUGACGAAGAAGACGAUAAGCACAUCCGUUUCACAAUCGGUAGCACGAACCAUCGUCUAACCAAGGAAGAGUUCCUCAAGGAGAUCCAAAGCUUGGAUCCUAAAGCCCGUGGAGAGAUCAUCAAGGGAAGUAAUGCGCCUGCUGAGUUCAAGGAAGCGGCGAAGAAGGACGCGAGUGCCGAUAAUCCUGGAAGUGCUAGGAUUUUUGGAGCGAGGAAACCACAAGGUGGUUCUUCUUACUCUCGAACUGGGAAGGGCGCGGCGCCGAGAGGCAAAGAAUCGACAAGCACAAGUCCCCAAAUUGAGGUAAGCGACGAGGAGCAACCACCUACGAUAUCUCGACCUACCGCCGGGGCUCAAGCUUCGAAACUUGUCGCUUCGUCUUCACGGGACCCAUCAUCUUCCGACUCCUCGUCAGCGAAUAACCAAGAAACUUCCGCUGAACGACGAAGACGAGAACAAGCUCUCAAGGGCGUUGAUGGGGUUGAAGAUAGUUACUCUCGCGGGCGUAGGCGGGAAGUAGACGAGGAUGAGGAGGAGAUGGAGAUGGAGGAGACGGCCGCCGAGAAGAGGAGGAGGGAGGCGGCGCUGGGUGUGGGGGCUGGCGAUAGUGAUAGUGAUGAUGAUGACACGCCGAGGGUGCCGCCUCCUGCGCAUCAGAGUAGGAGUCGUGGGAUCAGGUUUGCACAAAGUCCGGUAAGGGGGAAGAAUUAGUGAUGGUUAAUGACGGAGGAGCAUAGGGGGAUAGAUGUUUACGUUCUUGGGUGGGUAUAUAUUAGAUUUUUGGGGGUUGAAUGUGGUACAUAUGAUCUUGGUGCGCUCGGUCGACUGGUUGGUUGAUGGACUAGAUACUCUGUUGUUGAAGGGGUCAUUGGUAGAUAGUUUUGCACAUCAUGGCGGGGCAUUUGCAUAGUAGGUCAUGGGUUUGGCUGUUAAUGUAUAUAUGGAUCAUCCGGUGUAGAUGAAGAAUUUGAAUAUACGGAUUGUAUAUGCUGUUUUUUGAUAGACCCCUAGAUCGUAUACCUGGCUCUUGAGUAGGC